UAACCAUCGUAGUGCAACCAAUGCCAACCAUAUGAAAUGAGUCAGUAAACAGAAACAAAGCCAAAAGUUAAACAAGUCCAUAUUUCAUAUUUCAAAGUUACAUUAUGCCUUAUGUAAACAUUGACGACCCGUCGCGAAGCGAAGCGAUCGCUCGCCUUUAUCGCGCGUAGAGAACAGAACAAAUAAUGGCAAGUUCUGCGAAGCGAUUAUAAUAGAUAUAGAUAUUCCUAUCGUCCCGAUGGCUUGGAAACAGUUGUUACGUUGUCCGUAUCGAGCGAGUCGUGCCAGGAUGAAGAGCUUGCUGGCUGUGAGCGCUGCAGCGCUCCUCUUGCCCUUUUAUAUGGUGUCAUCGUUCGGCAGCAGGGAACACGACCGACUGCCACUUGUCGUGAACACUUGGGGUUUCUCCAAUGCGACGCUCCGAGCCUGGACCGUGCUGAUGGAAAAGAAUGGUACCGCCCUGGAUGCUGUGGAGGAAGGGUGCAUGCAGUGCGAAAGAGACCAGUGUGACGGCACCGUUGGUUUCGGCGGGAGUCCCGACGAGGACGGGGAAACUACGCUGGACGCACUCAUCAUUGACGGGCCUACCUACUCCAUGGGUGCGGUGGGUGCGCUGCGCAGAAUCAAGAAUGCCAUCUCCGUGGCACGCAAAGUUAUGGAGCACAGCCAGCAUACGUUCCUAGUGGGAGACCAAGCCACCCAGUUUGCAGUGAGCAUGGGCUUUCAGGAGGAGUCGCUGGCUACGAAGCACUCGAAAAAGAUGUGGGAAGAUUGGAAGCACAACAAGUGUCAACCUAACUACUGGAAGAACGUCGUUCCAGACUCGACCACAGACUGUGGUCCGUACCGGCCACGACCGAGACGGGUGGUUUCGACCGGCAGCCGAGCAACGUUGGCAGACGCCUCGAACCACGACACAAUUGGCAUGGUUGUCAUUGACGCGGCGGGACGCCUUUCUGCCGGCACAUCCACCAACGGAAUGAACCACAAGAUACCUGGGCGUGUCGGCGACUCCCCAAUCCCCGGUGCCGGCGCUUACGCCGACCAGGAAGUGGGUGGUGCCGCCGCAACGGGCGAUGGCGACAUCCUCAUGCGCUUCCUUCCAAGUUACCAGGCAGUGGAGAGCAUGAGGCACGGCACGGAUCCCACGUCCGCCUGCAGGGACGCCCUGCACAGGAUUGUGCGGCAUCACCCGCAGUUUGUGGGGGCCCUCGUCGCUGUUGCCAUCGACGGCACCUACGGCGCUGCGUGCCACGGCAUCGAAAGUUUUCCCUUCUCCGUGGCCAGUCCAUCUCAUGGGACGGCUGUGGUGGAACGUAUCAAGUGCACCAACUGAAUGGCAGGCCAGCUGCGCUGACACAACUAACACGACAAGAUGUGCUAGCCGGCGGUCUUUAGACCAUGAUAGACCAUCCGAGCGUUUGAAAGCUCUUGAAGGACGCAACAAUUGCAGUGUCAUUUGUUACAGCUCAACAGUGAGAGGACAGUUUAGGAGAGGACACUAUACUAUAGCUUGUGUUAUUUUUCUUGCUUGUGUGCUUGUACAAUAAGGAGCAUUGUGAUUGCUUCUUUAAGAACAUCUAAGAGUGUGGAAGAAUAUUGUUAGUCUCGAAUAAAUAAUUAUUACACAAAUACA